AUGUUCCACGAGCUUUGCAGUAAGUCAAGGCAAGUCAAAAGCCUCGACUCUGCCAAUGUGGGCAUCAGAUUCCCUCGAACAGGUGCGCUCCAGUUCACAGAAAACAUCAAGACCGGCGGCCGAUACGCCGACCUCUUGCUUGUGAAAAGGGACUCCAUUUCGAGCCACCCGGGUAUAGCUCGCAUCCUAGACCCAGAAUGGAUCGAUACCAGCGUUGUAACAUCCUGGAAGCAGCAAUGCGCGUCCUCCCACGGCCCCAAAUGCGUCAAUCCCGUCAAGAUCUGGCCGAUUCGUCCAGCCUGGGUGGUAGACACCGAGAAGCGAUGCAUCGUUCCGGGAGACGGGUGCGAAUCGUACGUCACGCUGAGCUACCGCUGGGGCAAGACGCCCGGGUUGCACAUCCUCGGCGAUACAAUCUCGAAGCUCCAGACGCCUGGCGCCAUUGACGACCCUGCUAUCGCUUCCCAGCUCGCACCUAUGGUACUUCAUGCCGUGCACCUUACAUCUGUCAUUGGCGAGCGGUACCUCUGGGUCGACACCCUCUGCAUCAACCAUGCCCGGGCAGAAGAGAGCAAUCAGCAGCUCCAGCUUAUGGCCGCCAUCUUCGCAAACGCCUCACUCACCAUCGUCGCACUUGAUGGUGAUGCCGAGGACGGCUUUCCCGGUCUACGGGGCGUAUCAUCGCCAAAAACCCAAAAGGACGAAGACGAGGAUUGGAACCCAAUACCCUUUGGCGACGAGCAGUUCAUCCGCGACAAGAACAACGUUUUCAGCCUUAGUCACUGGGGAGCCUAUCAUAAGCGCGCAUGGACAUACCAAGAGUUCAAAAUGUCCCCACGGCGCCUCAUCGUCAGUAAUCAUUCUCUGCACUGGAUGUGUCAGUGCAGCGUAUGGGAGGAGCAACUUCACCUUGGCGUUGAGGCUGGCAAGUACAUUGAUCCCCGCUUAGGCGAGAUCAUGCGCGGAAUGCCAAAUCUCGACUCCUUGGCCAACAUCAUUGCAGACUACAACCCGAGAGCUCUGACAUACGACGAAGAUGCCCUGCCCAGCAUCAGCGGUCUAUUAAAUGUCAUCAGCCGGUGCUUCUCGGGCGGCUUCCUCUAUGGCAUCCCGGAAAUGUACUUUGAAGCGGCACUCGGUUGGACGCCGUACUGGAGCCACACCGAUCUCCGACGACGAACUGUCUCUGAUCGCCCCACUGCGAGCCAGCUCGGUCCAUGUGGUCUUCCUUCUUGGUCGUGGGUGGGUUGGGAAGGUCUCGUCUCCGUCGGGCGCAAUGAAGCCGGUCCAGCGAAUCCUCUGGCUUACUCAAUCAGAGAGACAAUCCCCAUUACCACGUGGUACGCCUGCGACACACCGACAUCAGCGCAGAGAAGAAAGAUCAGACCCUCCUGGUUCGAGAAUCGCCAGGCGUACAAGGACUUUACUCGGCCCCUGCCUCCAGGGUGGUCUCGAAAGGAGAUUCCUGGUCGUGGCGAGGAGGGGGACGUACUGCUUUAUCCUGAUGGGUGCGACAAGUAUACCUUUAGGCACAGCGGCAUGUCUGACCAUGACGACGAGCACCCGUGGUACUGGCCUUUCCCCGUGCCGGACAUUCAGAAAUCGACUCAGCCGUUCAUGCCGGAACAGACGCUGUACAUUAGCUGCGACACCCGCCGCGCCCGCGUGUCUGCUUUUCAGACAGACGAACACAAUGACGUCUCGCUCUAUAGUGAGGAGAAAAAGAUUGGGGGGUUGCGAUUGCACAAUAAGGACCAACUCGAAAGUUUCCCCCAGCUGAAUGCUGGCUGGGCUGCUGCGAAGGAGGUCGAGUUGGUUGCCAUCUCCCGUGUGCGAAACUACAAAAAGACCUUUGAUGAGACGAUCAAACGCUACACACACCCGUUCACGGCCUCAGAAGUGUAUAGCGUGCUGUGGGUGGAAUGGAUCGACGGGGUCGCGUACCGCCUCGCGAGCGGCCAUGUCGACAAGACCGCAUGGGAGGGAUUGCCUCUAGAGGAUGUGUCUUUGAUUCUGGGGUGA